CAUCGCCACCGCCCAUCUUUGGCUGCUUGCGAUUGUGUGAAAGGAGGUGAAGCGUGUGGUCGACUUCAUCACUUCUAUGGUUGCUACGGCUUUUCACAAUUGAGAAUAGCCAAAUAAAGCAAGAUGUCUGUGGAUCCAAUGACCUAUGAGGCCCAGUUCUUCGGCUUCACACCACAAACUUGCAUGCUUAGGAUCUACAUUGCAUUUCAAGACUACCUGUUUGAAGUGAUGCAGGCUGUUGAACAAGUAAUUUUGAAGAAGCUGGAGGGCAUCCCAGAUUGUGACAUUAGCCCAGUCCAGAUUCGUAAAUGCACAGAGAAGUUUCUUUGCUUCAUGAAAGGACAUUUUGAUAACCUUUUUGGCAAAAUGGAGCAACUAUUUUUGCAGUUGAUUUUGCGUAUUCCCCCGAACAUUUUGCUUCCUGAAGAUAAAUGUCAGGAGACGAAUCCUUAUAGUGAGGAAGAAUUCCAGCUUCUCCAAAAAGAAAUCAAAGAGUUACAGGAGAAGUAUAAGACUGAAUUAUAUACUAAGCAAGCCCUUCUUGCAGAAUUAGAAGAGCAAAAAGUAGUUGAGGCCAAACUCAAACAGACCUUGACUUUGUUUGAUGAGCUUGAAAAUGUUGCCAGAGAUCAUGGGACUAGUGAUUUUAGGGAGAGUUUGGUGUCCUUUGUCCAGAACUCCAGAAAACUCCAGAAUAUUAGAGACAGUGUAGAAAAGGAAAGUAAAAAGCUUAAAAUAUCUUAAUUUCUAUAUGGUAAAGAGAGUCUGUCAAAAAGAUUUUCUUCACUCUUUUUUGGUUUCUAUAUCUUAUUCUUUUUUUCUGUCCAUUCUCUUAAAGUAUCUGUGUACUACCUUGAACUAGUCUCAGAAACAUCUGUUCAUUAGAGACUUCCAACAGCUGGGAAGGGAUUCUUGAUGUAAUAAUGACUCAUUUGGCAGCAAGUUCAAAGAAGUGAAACUAUGGCCAAAAAUGAAAUUGUGCUUAGGUCAUGAGUCCUUUUGUGACCUUGAUCCUCUUGGCUUAUUCUUUUUUUGUUUUGUUUUGUUUUGUUUUUUUGAGGCAGGGUCUCACUAUGUAGUU